GUUCGAGUUAUACUCACAAAUUUAGGCUGAUAAAGUGACCGUCUUAAAAGUCAGAGGGAUGUUUAAACUCCAGUUCAGGCCAAAGAAAUACACACAUAAAAAAAUAUAUGUAUGACCAUGACUACAACUCAACGGAAGGCCCAGUGGGCCAGAGCAACGGCUCUGCUAAAGAGCAGGUCAUUUGACAUCAAGUUUGACUUGGAGAACACUGGUUACAAACGAAUUGAGAACAUUGGAACUGGGGCAUAUGGUGUAGUAUGCUCGGCCAUCCACAAGAAAACCGGAGAUCGUGUAGCUAUCAAAAAAAUCCCUGGGGUAUUUGACAUUCAUGUUACAGCAAUGAGGACAUACAGAGAAAUUAAAAUCCUGAAGCAUUUUAAUCAUGACAACGUUAUCUCGAUUUUGGACAUCUUGAAGCCUAAGGAGCCUGUGGAUACUUUCAAGGACAUCUAUGUUGUUUUGGAUUUAAUGGAAAGUGACUUACAUCGGAUCAUUCAUUCAAACCAGGAUUUGACGGAUGAACAUAUCAGAUACUUCCUGUUCCAGCUACUACGAGGGGUAAAGUACAUCCACUCUGCUAAUGUCAUACACCGUGAUCUCAAACCAAGCAACUUACUGGUGAAUGAGGACUGUCAACUCAAGAUAGGUGAUUUUGGUAUGGCGCGUGGGACAUCCAACAGUGGAGACGAGAAAAAUGCGUUCAUGACACAGUAUGUGGCCACCCGGUGGUACAGGGCCCCUGAGAUCAUGCUCACUGUGUCCAAGUACACCUCUGCUGUUGAUAUAUGGUCUGUGGGUUGUAUCUUUGCAGAGAUGCUCGGAAGAAAGCAUCUUUUUCCAGGAAGCGAUUCUCUCAACCAGCUGAAGCUGAUCAUUGGUGUGCUGGGAAGUCCAUCCAAGGCUUUCCUUGAUUUCAUGCAAUCAGAGGUCUUCAAAACAUUUGUCACAGAAUGGGGCCACAAGGAACCUUUGCCGCUGGUUACCCUCUUUCCACGAGCCAAUAGGAAAGCUCUGGACCUGCUGUCUAAAAUGCUGACUCUGCACCCUAAGGAGCGUCUUACUGCAGAAGAGGCUCUGAAUCACCCAUACCUGUCCAAAUAUCAUGACCCUGAGGAUGAGCCCAUCUGUAUACCAGCCUUUAACUUUGACUUUGAGAAGCAGCCUGAUCUUAAAGGAGCAAAGUUACGUCAAGCAAUUGUGAGAGAAAUCUACGACUACCACCAAUCUGUACCAUUAACCCCAACAUUCAAUGCUGUACUCAAGCCAGUUUCUAUUGGUCAAAACAGUCCAGUAGUGACAGGUGGGAAAUCUGCCCAGGGUCAUGGACAGGUCACUCCAGGUCAAGCCACCCAAGUUCAAGGUCAAGCGACAGGACUCCAGGCUUUUCUGAAUCAGCUUAACCAAGAACAGUCAAAUCUCGGAACUCAAAAGACUGGGAAAAGUUCUAACACAGCAAUUGCUAGUUCUUCUUCAGUGAUUGUGCCAGGUGUGAAUCAGGUUUUUAAAACACCUGGACAACUGCCGCUAAAAGAAGAGGACAAACCUGUGCAGAUUGUUGACCUGCCAUCCAGCAGGGAUGUAGAAAUGCUUAGUGCCAGAUCCACCGGUCAGAAAAUGAGAGACUCCGUUCUCAGCAUGGCACCCCAGGCCAAAGACCAGACUACCAUUACCACCACAACCACCUCUACCUCCACGACUUCCAAAGACAAUACCUGUGAUAAAGCUGAGCACAAAACUAUCUCAGAGGACACAAAAGCUUCCCUGUCCGCUCUCUUAAAUGCCAAAAAACAACGGGCAGAAAAUGGAGGCCCAGACAAACCAGAGCAGACCAAGAGGGUGACAGCCAUGUCAAGGCAAAAGGAGCGAAUGCAGAAGAGAAAGAAAAAGCUGAGCGAGCCAAGAGAAAAGAGAAGUUAAAGGAGAAG